GAAGUUUUUCUUCUUCUAAAUCUAUUAUUGUGCUUCUCUUCUUUCAAGUUUUUGGAAAUUUUCAGUGUUAAAAAAAGGUUGCUUUUGCUGCUUAGUGCGAUAAACCAAAAAGAAGAAACUACGACAUGCAUGGGAAAGAUAUUCUUCAAAAAAUGAAGGCGGGGCUCUUUCCGUCUGGGGCCGACACGGGGAAAGGAAAGAGCAAAAUGUCGAAGCAUAUUACACAUGGUUUUCAUUGCCUGAAGGGAAAAUCAAAUCAUGACAUGGAAGAUUAUGCUGUCUCUGAGUUCAAGAAAAAAGAUGAUAGUGAGUUAGGUUUAUUUGCAAUCUUCGAUGGACAUUUGGGUCAUGAUGUUGCAAAGUAUUUGGAGGGCCAUCUGUUUGAUAACAUCUUGAAACAGCAUGACUUUUGGACUCAAACGGAGGAUGCAAUAAGAAGAGCUUAUCACUCUACCGAUGCCGAAAUACUGGAUAAAGCAAAGCUUCUAGGCAGGGGAGGCUCAACCGCCGUGACAGCAAUACUUAUCAACAGUCAGAAACUGGUAGUGGGAAACGUAGGUGAUUCUCGGGCAGUUAUAUGCAAGAAUGGUGUGGCAAAACAACUAUCUGUUGAUCACGAGCCAAGCAAGGAGAAGGGAAUGAUUGAGCGUCUUGGUGGCUUUGUAUCGAACCUCCCAGGGGAUGUUCCACGCGUUGACGGGCAGCUGGCUGUAGCAAGGGCUUUUGGCGAUAAGAGUUUAAAGUUACACCUUAGCUCUGACCCAGAUGUGACAGUGGAGGUGAUCGAUGAUGACACGGAGUUCAUAAUUCUGGCCAGUGAUGGGAUAUGGAAGGUCAUGUCGAACCAAGAAGCAGUGGACACUAUCAAGAACAUAAAGGAUGCGCAAGCAGCAGCAAAGCUCUUGAUAGAAGCGGCAGUCUCGAAGAAGAGCAAGGAUGACAUCUCUUGCAUUGUUGUAUGGUUCCGGUGAUAUUUCUUUAGACAAGUACCACACAUUUUCCCAAACAAUUGGAGAAAUUUAAUAGCUAAAUACAUGUAUAUCAUACCAAGCUUUUUUG